GAAUCUGUCCUUUAUCAGUGGAACGAAGCACUCUUUACUCGGAGAACUGACACAUGGAAACCGAUGAAGGAAGGUCUUUCGAAUUGUCAACGUUCUGACGUUGAAGUGGUCGGCUUCAAGAAGGCAAGAAACAACGAAAAAGAAACACCCGGUGGAAGUAGUGGAAAAGCGAAGCUCCGACGACCGUCUGAACCGAACAAAUGGAAAAGGACACCGAAGAGAAAAGAAAAUAUAAAAUCCAUUCCAGUUGCCAUUAAAAAUUCUUGA